CGUCGUCUCCGACAAGACUGGCAGUCUUUAGGAGGUCUUCGAUCAGUACAGUAGUGUUGUUUAGCUUCAACAAGAUGUCGGCUAUGUGGUUCUCUGCUUUGAGUUUGGUUCUAAUAUACGCCGGGUCAGCGCUCGGUACCUUCCAGUUUCCGUACCCGCAAUUUUAUAGUCCUCUGUCGAUUACCCCGCACCUCAUUUACAAUUCACCGGUCGACGGAAAUGUUGAUUUCGCGGGUUACUCGUACUUCACAAAGGACUUCGCUGGCGGGCAAACCGAAGUCGUUUUUGUCACUGGGCCGGAAUCGGAUGUCAAAAUGAACAAUGAAGUCAGUGCUAUGCGCGAUCAGCUGAGUUCUAUGCCUUUUAACAAGGCUGCAGCCUCUAACCUUGGUGAUACUAAAGAUGACAAAAAGGUGAAAGCCGCGGAAAUGAACGAAGAAACAACAACGGCAGCGACACUUGUCCCGGUUGAUAUGAUAGAAACGUCUACGCCCGUGCCGAAGGAUGAUGCGUCGUCUCCAGCCGUGAAACCGAUGGAAAGCACGAAGAAAGACCAACCGGAUGAAGUGUUCACCCCGGAAAAGAGUGUCGGGUUCCAAGCGCCUUACCCGAUCCUGAGACUGCCAGGUUUUAAUCCCUAUUAUCCUCAGUUAUCGUCCGGAUUCUCUAGCUACGGGCCAUCGAAUUACUUUGGAUCUCAGUACGAGCCCUUCUACAACCAGUACAGCUCUUACCAGGGUCUCUAUAACCCAUUGUACCCAACAUUUGAGCAAUACUACAAUCCCUUAUUUCCGUCGUUGCAUCAGAACCCGAGCUUCACACCGUCGGUGAACAACUACAUCUCCGGGGAGUCCGAGGAAAGCAUGCCAGAGGUUUUGAAACAAAUUCAAGAAAUGAUUCCGUUGAAGGCCGGCCAGAGUUCCGGAACCGAAGAGAAGGUCGAGAGCACUUCGGUCCAGUCUGACACAAGUGACGUGAGCUUGGGAAAAACCGAACAGGAUUCGACCGAGGUUUCAGCCCUCGUUACCGAUCAAGCAAUGUCCGAAAAGCUAUCUGAAUUGCCAACGUCUACUGAGCAGUUGAUAGAAAAAUCCGCAGAAAGUUCAGAGUCGACUAUAAUCGCCGCGGAAACAACAUCGCCUGCAAGCUCGACUGCGACUGAAUCUGCGGAACCAACUACUCCCGCGAUUGUUAGCGAUUCCGUGGCUGUUGCUUAAUUAAUAUAACCAUCGGAAGUGAAAUCAAGUUCACUGUUCAAGGCAGUAGGAGACGGUUUAGAUAGCCUUGAGAAGUUCAGAUAUUUCCUUUUUAGGCAGUCUAACUAUGAAAUAGCCCUUUCCGUGUCUUAAAUGUAACUUAUCACAUUAAUAUAUUGUGUAUAUAUUGGGAUUGAAUCAAAUAAAAAUUUAUCAUU